AUGCUCGACCAGGAGGCAUGCCCUCUGCAUCGAGGGCUCCUCGCCGAUACAUGUGGGCUUGGAAAGACAUUGGGCACCCUUGCCCUCAUUUGGACCGCGAGCGCGAUGAAGCGCAUUACGGCCGCUACGGCUACAGGGCCCAGCAAGAAGAAAAAGCCGCGCACACCAUCCCCUGUACCGACUCCUCCCAUGGCGCCGACACCACCAGGAUCCAGCAAACACAAGAAUUAUUAG